CCUUCCCAUCCGUUCACUACUCCAACCAAUCUCAGCUAAAACCCUUUCAUUUGCUUUCUUAGCUUCUUCAUUGUCUCUUCUUACAAUAUAAUGGAGUCCCAACUCAUCAUUAAACUCCUCACAUUUCUUUCUCUGGCCGUCGUAGCAAGUCAUGCAGUUACUUUGGGUGCUGCUGAUGCAAUCUCAUACUGGAAGUCUGAGCUGUCUAAUACUGCCAUGCCCCAAGCUAUCAAGGAUUCCUUAUCCCAAACAGCAGGGUGGGUUGAAGAGAAAGGAACUUCUGUAGGUGUUGGGAAGGGAGGAGUGAACGUAAACACCGGCAAGGGGAAGCCUGGCGGCGGCACGAGGGUGAAUGUUGGCCACGGCGGAGUUGGCGUUCACGCUGGAGCGCCCGGCCACCGGACCAACGUCGGUGUCGGGAAAGGCGGCGUCUACGUGGGAGCCCCCGGCAAACACGGCAAACCAGUCGUCGUCAAUGUCAAGCCAGGAUCAGUACCUUUCCUGUACCGAUACGCCGCCAGGGAAGAUCAACUCCACGACGACCCUAACGUCGCCCUUUUCUUCAAGCCCACCGCCUUGCACAAAGGCACCACCAUGACCUUACACUUCAUCAAAACCGCAAACGACGCCACUUUCUUGCCCCGCUCCGAAGCUGAAAAAAUCCCGUUUUCAUCCCAGAAGAUGUCCCAGAUUCUCAACCAAUUCUCCCUAGCCCCCGACUCAGAAGAAGCCCAAGUGAUGAAACAAACCAUCACAGAAUGCGAAGAGCCAGUGAUCAAAGGAGAAGAGAAAAAAUGCGCCACUUCAUUGGAAUCCAUGGUCGAUUUCUCCAAAUCCAAGCUGGGGAAGAAAGUCCGGGCAAUAUCCACCGCGGCCAGUGGCCAAACAUCCUUGCAAAAGUACACCAUUUCCGGGGUCGAAAAGAUUCAAAACAAUGACAAAGCUGUUGUCUGCCACAAGCAAAACUAUGCAUACGCUGUUUUCUACUGCCACAAGACACAGACCACCGAGGCUUACACGGUUUCUCUGGUCGGAGCGAAUGGGGCUAAGGUUAAAGCCGCGGUGGUUUGCCACAAAGAUACUUCGGCUUGGAAUCCUAAGCAUUUGGCCUUCCAAGUGCUUAAGGUUAAGCCCGGAACUGUGCCCGUCUGCCAUUUCCUUCCAGAGGAUCAUAUUGUCUGGGUUGCUAACUAAGCUAGAUCGUCUGGGCUUUCUUGAAUGCUUUAGUCAUUUUAAUGUUUCAGGAUGCUUUUUUCUUUUUGUGUAAUAACCUGAAAUUCGACUCUCUAGGUAUGCUUGUUAGCCACUA